AUGGGAAAUAGUCAGGCAAAAGAGGCCCACGCAGGUUCACGGAACCAGGGCCAUGUUGCUGGCUCUCGCAUGCCUCCUGUCUCCCCCACCGGCAAUGCUGGUGGAGGUUCCUCACACUCGCGCUCCCACAGCGGCGUGUAUGGAUCAAGAUCGGGACGAGGAAGUAGACCCGAUCUGUCGUUCCUCGGAAUAGGAGGGUCUGAAAGGGAAAGAGAGCGAGAUCGCGAUCCGGCUACCGAACCGCGUAGGGAGACCAAGGUUGAGCGCGAAGCUCGCAAACUGGAGAAAGAGCGUGCUCUAAGAGCUCAAGAGCGAGAGCGUAGCAUUCGGGAAGAGGGCGUCGAUGGCGGCUAUCUGGUCACAUUGGGCACCUACACUGGCCCAGAGGACUUUAGUAAACCAGUUGUGCGGCAACUGCAGAUUGAGCGGCGGCUUGCUCCCUUCUGGAAAGGCAUUAACGACCAUUCGGACACUUGGACCGAAUAUCAACUUGUAGCGGUAGUAAACGAUCUGCCUUUGCCUGCUGCUGACGAAGUGCCACCCGAAGAGCCAGACAGAACAAACAACCUAAGCCCCGAUUGGAAUCCUCGAGGUUCCAACCCCAACAUCAAUAACCUCACAGUCCCUAUCUCUGGCCGAUCCAUGUCACAGAACUCGGAUCGCUCAACAAGUCUGUCUCCUUCGCACCCGGCAUUCUCGCUUCCUUCCCCUACCUCUCCAAUCGCUGCAUCAGGCUCUUCGUCUCCAUUCUUCCGUGGCCGUGCUAAGACUCUCGCUGCUCUGACCACCGGAUCCCGCAAUAGUUCGCAGACUGAUAUGACACCACAAGAGAUACAAUUGCCCAAAGACCCUCACGUGAACGGUCAACGCAUCGAAGCAUUCCUCUAUAAGAAUGCAUCAGAGUGCCCUAUCUGUUUCUUGUAUUACCCUCCCUAUCUCAACAAAACUCGCUGCUGCGAUCAACCGAUCUGUUCCGAGUGCUUUGUGCAGAUAAAACGUCCCGAUCCCCAUCCACCGGAGCACCACGGCGAUGAAGGCGAGUCCGCUCCGCCUGCAGAUUCGCAGGAGGACAAUCAACUAGUGUCCGAACCUGCUGCGUGUCCAUUUUGCGUACAGCCCGAGUUUGGUAUCACUUAUGAUCCUCCACCUUUCCGAAGAGGCUUGGCGUAUGCCAGUCAAAGCAACAAACUCGCAAGCGCUGCUUCUGCAAUGUCGUCUACAACAUCUUUGGGCUCAACAGCGCUCGUGUCGCCUGGAAGAAGACGAGCAACGUCUUUGGCGGCUAACGAUUCAACCGUGAUAACGACAGACCGUGUGCGACCGGACUGGGCGAAGAAGUUAGCAGAUGCGCGGGCACAUGCGUUGCGCCGAGCAGCCGCAGCGACGGCUCUGCAUAAUGCUGCCUAUAUGAUGGGCAAUUUACAGGCUUCAGAUAGCCGAGGGUUUAGCCUUGGGAGAAGAAGACGAACCACGUUAUUUGGGAACGACAGUGCGGGCAGCAGUGGUCGAGGGACCCCUCGACUGGAAGGCGAUGCAUCAACUUCGGGGGCUGGCGCUCCGGGUAAUGAGGGUCAAGCAGGUAGGGCUGAUGGCCAGUCUGACCUGACCGCUGGACGCCAGAGUUCGAGACGAGGCACUCGACUAGAAGAUCUUGAGGAGCUCAUGAUGAUGGAGGCCAUACGGUUGAGUCUUGCAGCAGAGGAAGAAAGGAAACGAAAGGAAGAGAAAGAGGCGGCCAAGGAAUACAAGAAAGAGGAGAAGAGAAAGGCUAAAGAAGCCAAGAAGGCUGAGAAAGCAGCACGUAAGACUGGAUUUUUCCCAGCUUCAAGUAUGGAAGCAGACAGCGAUGCUCAGGUUUCCAGUUCGGUGACACCGGUAGGUAAAGGAAAGGGUGUGGAUCGAUCAGGCGGCUCGGUUGAUUUCAACCCCUUAAGCGAACCCACAUCCACCUUGAACUCAGAGAGCCCCAAGGAUGCUCCACAAAAGCACCUGGAACAAAGCCGUGCACAGAUACAGAAAGAAACUCUGGAAUCAGGCAAGGCGUCUCCAUUUGAACCCUUUAGCGAGGCUUCAUCCCACCGCUCCGCUCUGCGCCAGAUAUCGAACGAUUCCUCGUCCGCAUCCUCUAUCACAGACUCAGUGCAGGAUUCGUUCCAACAGGGAGGUCCAGUCGAAGCUUCAGGUUCCACCUAUGGACAAAGCCCCAAUGCGUCUGGUGUUAGUUUGAACGAGACACCAGAAGAAAACAACCCAGACACUGAGCCCAUGUUCAAUUUCCGGAGACUCGAGGAUGUGAUCGCUACUGACAGCAAAGAGGGGUCAGAUGGUCCACAGUUCAUCGAAAACAUUGCGGAUACCACAGAAACUGCUAAGACUGGUUCGACAAAUAAAUCUGACCCUGUGCUGAAUGGUGAAGGAGCGGAACACACCACCACCGACACUGCAGUUGACCCUUCUCCAGACAAGUGUGGAAGCCACAUAGAAUCUCAGCCUUCGGAGGCUCUAGAAGAAAGCGUUUUGACCAUCCGGCCGGCGAAGGCAUCGGCAGAAGAGGACGACGCCAUCGAACCAGUACCCCAGGUCGAGGCUGUACCCAACGAGACAACAAAGGGGCUGGACUCCAAGCAUGUGGGGGACAUUCAUACAGUCAAUUCCCUAGGCCAGCAGCCUAUCCAAUAG